AUGAAACUGGUUCUUGCUGUUUCAAUGGCUAUCUGCUUCCUUGUCAUGUCAAAUGAAGCUGCAACAGAUAAAACAGACAAUCUACAAUUGCUUGCAGAUGCAUUUGCAAUUCGUGAUAAUCUGAGAAAGUGUUUAGCCAAGUCAAACGGUGUGGUAUCGAAUUAUUUCCAAGAGGAUGGAUUGGGUGAUGCGUUGAAGGAUGUUCUUGCCAUCAUUACGAGGCGUUUGAAGAGUCGAAGUGAGAAGCUUUGUUCAUAA